CCUACACGGUCAACAUACUCACAGCACAUGCUCACCGAUGGCCACAGUCUGCAAACCCCAGGGCACCAGCAGACCCACAACAGGAUGACUCCCAGAACGUACAAUCACUGACAGCUACCCAGAUCAUCUGUGAGUUUUCUAUUUGAAUGAAAUCUAAUCAGUGUAUUUUUAAUUACUCUCCUCUGUAUAACUCCAACUGUUUAGUUAGUAGCUUUGCGUGACGCAGACACAAACACACAUCAGGGUCCCUGCUAUGGCGUCCCAGGAGGAAGAGCUGACCUGCUCUGUGUGCCGAGACACCUUCAGCCAAGCCCAGCCCCUGCCCUGCGGUCACAGCUUCUGCCCCGCCUGCAUCCGGGAGGCCUGGAGCAGCCACGGUGAAGGUAAAGUUCGAUUUACCUGUCCCCAGUGCCAGGAGGAUGAUGGUGAAGUAUUGUGUGACUGCUGCCCCCCGGAGGCAGAGGAAGGGCAGACAUCAGUGGCUGUCAAGACCUGCCUGAGGUGUGAGGUGUCCUUGUGUGCUGAACACCUCCAGCCCCAUCUGGAAAGACCAGCAUUUAAAACCCAUUUGUUGGUGGAUCCUUUGGGGGACCUCUCCCAGCGAAGGUGCCCAACACACACAGAGAUAUUCCGUUACUAUUGUGCGGAUGAGAGAGCGUACGUGUGCGGUGACUGUCUGCUGGAGGGAGGCCAUGUUCAGCACAAAGUGAAGGCACUGAGACAAGUGGAAGAGGACCUGAAGGUCAUUCUCCAGACGCUGCUCAGAAAAGCAGAGGAAAAGCUGAAAGAUGGAGAGCGAAUCCUCAAAGAGCACGAGAAUGUUGAUUCUGCCAUGACUGACUCUCUAAAAAAGGACGACACCCAGGUGGAGCGGAUAGGCUCAGAUCUGCAGGUCCAGGUGAAGAAGCUGGUGGUGGCCCUGAGGGACAUCACCAAGAGAGAGAGACAGCAGGUCAUUGAGCGUGUGCACGAAGACUGCGCCAAGGUGAAGGACGACAUGAGCCAGACGCUGAGCAUCCAGCACUACCUGGCCUCGCUGCUGGCAGAGACGGACCCCUUUCUGCUCAUCUGGGCCUUUCAGUCAGAUGACACAAAGUUACUGGCCGAUCUGAACAGCCCGCUCUUCACCCCUGAUGCCAUCAGUUUGGACAGGAAGCAUAUCUUGGAGGACAUAGAGAGCAAGUAUCGUGAGUUCAUCACUGCCACCCUCCGCUGCCUCAGUGAACUCAAGAGGGAGCUCUUAACCAGUCCUUUGACCCUGGACACAAACACUGCUCAUCCUCUCUUGAGCAUUGCUGAUGACCUUCGCUCAGCGACGCGGGUUAAAAACCGUCUGCCCUGCGCUGCUCACCCUGAACGUUUUGACCACUGGCCGCAGGUUCUCACUGUCCAGACCUUCUCCUCUGGAACCCACUACUGGGAGCUAGAGGCUGUGGGAUUUUGGGAUAUUGGAGUCUGCUAUAGAAGCAUUGGACGGAAGGGGAAAGAUGCCAACGCAUUUGGGAACAACAAGGUGUCAUGGAGCUUGACACAGCAGCACGACAGGAAGCUGGCUGCCUGGCACAACCGCAGAAAGACCCGCCUCACGCACCAAAUGACCAGUAACCGAGUGGCUGUAGCUUUGGACUAUGGCGCAGGCACCAUCACCUUCUCUGAGGUGGGUCCAUCUGGCAAUCUGACCCACCUCCACAGUUUCUCCACCACCUUCACUCAGCCGGUGUGUUUGGGCUUCGGACUCUACAAAGCUGAGCUCAACAGCCGCAUCUCUAUUGUCAAAGUCUGAGGUGAAGGAAAGGGAAAGGACGCCAGCUCCACUGGCAACUGUGCUGGUUUGACUUAGAUAAAGCCAUUCUGAGACAGUUCGGUGUUGAUUAAUUUCCCACAAACCACACAACUCUGUGCUGGAACUUUUGCCAACUGGAACUUUUUAGCUGAGCUUGUCUUCUGAAAGCACAUCACGUAAAACUGGUGAUCAGGUGAUACUGACAUGGAAAUUAUUUCCAACUUGAACAGUGAGAAUGGAGAAUUGCUGUAUGGAAAUGAGCAGAAUUUGAUGGGAGAGCAAAUGAAGAUUUGUUUGAAAAAGGACAGCAAUAGGUUUUCACAUCAAGAUUGGAAGAUUAUUCUGCGCUGUUCAUUCCACAGUAAUUCAAAAUUGCAAAUGACUGACUUCUAAAGGUAAACUCUGUUGCCAGUUUAUUGGAUACACCUGGCUAAAACUGAUGCGGUCUAAUACAAUAGUCCUUAACUAAAUCCUACAUUCGUAUAAAGGCUAUACUGUUCACUUUUUGCUGAAACUGUUUUAGAGUAGUUCUGGAGGCUCUGCUUUAUGGUGCUGUUGAAUUGUAUUGUACUCAUCAAGGGGUGUGUCUAAUAUUAAGUCAGUACUCAUUGAUAUAGAAUGGGGACAAAAUGACAGGGAUUUUUUUCUAAUGCGUGUUGUUGGAGCUGUGCACAGGCCUACCUCUGUUUGACUCAAAGUCUAAUUCUGUUUAUUCUGUUUAAUUUACGUCUUGCUGUGCC